GGCGGGAGCUGCCGCUCAGGGCGCGGGCCGGAGCCCCGGCGGCGGCGCUGUUUAAAGGCGCCGCACGCCGGCAUCCUGUGCUGUCCCCCCGUACGUGCCAGCGGGAGAGGGCGCGGAGCGGCGAGCGACACCAGGAGCCAUCUCCUCCGACAGAUCUGCCACGAUGCCUGGGUCUCUUCCAGUGAAUGCUGAAUCCUGUUGGCCCAAAGAUGUGGGAAUUGUUGCACUGGAAAUAUAUUUUCCCUCCCAGUAUGUUGACCAGACAGAGCUGGAGAAGUAUGAUGGUGUCGAUGCUGGGAAGUACACCAUUGGGCUAGGCCAGUCAAGGAUGGGGUUCUGCUCCGACCGGGAGGAUAUCAAUUCUCUCUGCCUGACUGUGGUUCAGAAGCUCAUGGAGAGGAAUGGCCUUUCCUAUGAUUGUAUCGGGAGAUUAGAAGUUGGAACGGAGACGAUAAUUGAUAAAUCAAAAUCUGUAAAGACUGUCCUGAUGCAGCUUUUUGAAGAAUCUGGUAAUACAGAUGUAGAAGGAAUCGACACCACCAAUGCAUGCUAUGGAGGCACCGCUGCUCUUUUUAAUGCUAUUAAUUGGAUCGAGUCCAGUUCUUGGGAUGGACGCUAUGCACUUGUUGUUGCUGGAGACAUAGCCGUGUAUGCCACUGGAAAUGCAAGACCAACAGGUGGAGCUGGUGCUGUUGCUAUGCUGGUUGGUCCAAAUGCUCCCUUAAUUUUUGAGAGAGGGUUGCGUGGAACCCACAUGCAGCAUGCGUAUGACUUUUAUAAACCAGAUAUGGUCUCCGAAUAUCCUGUAGUUGAUGGCAAACUAUCUAUACAGUGCUACCUCAGUGCAUUAGAUCGCUGCUAUACUGUCUAUCGCAACAAAAUCCACGCCCAGUGGCAAAAGGAGGGGACAGACAGACGUUUCACCUUGAAUGACUUUGGAUUCAUGAUCUUUCAUUCUCCGUACUGUAAACUGGUACAGAAGUCUGUGGCUAGACUCUUGCUGAAUGACUUUCUCAGUGACCAGAACCCAGAAACAGCAAACGGUGUUUUCAGUGGUCUGGAAGCUUUCAGGGAUGUAAAACUUGAAGAUACGUAUUUUGACAGAGAUGUGGAAAAAGCUUUUAUGAAAGCCAGUGCGGAGCUCUUCAAUCAGAAAACCAAAGCUUCUUUACUUGUAUCCAAUCAGAAUGGAAAUAUGUAUACCCCUUCAGUCUAUGGUUGCCUUGCCUCUCUUCUAGCCCAGUACUCCCCAGAGCAGCUCGCAGGACAAAGAAUCAGUGUGUUCUCAUAUGGCUCUGGUUUUGCUGCUACGCUAUAUUCCAUCAGAGUUACACAGGAUGCCACUCCUGGUUCUGCACUGGACAAAAUAACUGCCAGCCUUUCUGAUCUCAAAACAAGACUUGACUCAAGAAAAUGUAUUGCACCUGAUGUCUUUGCUGAAAACAUGAAGAUUAGACAGGAAACACAUCAUUUGGCCAACUAUAUUCCACAGUGUUCGGUAGAAGAUCUCUUCGAGGGAACAUGGUACCUUGUGCGUGUGGAUGAAAAACACAGGAGAACUUACGCACGGCGCCCACUCAUGGGUGAUGGACCUCUGGAGGCGGGAGUUGAAGUUGUCCACCCAGGCGUUGUUCAUGAGCACAUCCCAAGCCCUGCUAAGAAAGUGCCAAGAAUCCCUGCAACAACAGAAUCUGAAGGCGUUACUGUUGCCAUUUCCAAUGGGGAGCAUUAAGAUACCUCUGUGAGGAAAGAAAGAGGAAACUGGCCCUGUGAAAACGCGAAGUUGUGGGUUCACAAGCUGUGUGGACCUUCUGGAUCUUUCUUCCUAAUAUUCCGUUACAAAAGUGGCAGGAAAGGGUUGCUUAGGCUGGUGCAAAACCAUUAUUUCAGGGCUAUGUUUCAAGAUAACUUAAAUGCUUUCAUAGGGAAACUGUUUGUAGUGGAGGAAUUCAUUCCCAGCUUAUGAAACACAGUUCGUCUUUAUGACUGUCUUAUGAAAGAUGGUAUGUGUUGUCCCCCUCAGAAAAACUGGGAAGGAGGGCUGUUUCUUGCUUUGUCCUUACCUGAGCCUCACUGAGUCCAGUUUCCCAUAGGUGGCUUUUCAGAGUCAUUCUGUUGCUCAUUUACAUUAAUUACUGCUUUUAAAGUCAACUGAUGAUCUCAUCAGUCCCCAUAAUAGAUAACGCAUCCUGCCCUUACAUAUGAGAGCACCAGUUGUGCCCCUCUGAACUUCCUAUUAGUUUACUUGCCUUAACUAAAAAUCAUACAGGCUCAACUCUUAGCUCAGGCACCUCAGCAAUGGCUGUUCAGAGAAGGACAGCUACUGCACUUUUCCAUUUGCAUUGGAGCUGGUGGUGUUGAAGAUUAAAGUACAAAAUAAUUAAAGCUGAAAAUCGGAGUACCGACAUCUUGGUGAUGCUCAGAACAACUGGAGUUGUCAGACUAUCCAACCUAUUACUUGUAGUGGUCAAGAGUGUCAAAAUCAGCUUUGUGCCAGCCUUUUUUGAUUAAGUAGUAUGGCAGGAGUUAGUACAAGCCUGUAAUGCUCAAUAUAUAAGUGGAUUUUUUUAGUGGUUGCAUUCAGCUUAGUGACAGCUUGUGCUAAAGCAAGAAUUUAAAACUACAUGAGUUUUGGAGUACGCUUAAAUCUUUCCUUAUUGGAGUGCAUCUGGAGUUGAAGCAGUUGUAGGCUGUCAGAGUCACGCAAGCAACAGAAGGUGACAGAAGGCUAGUAGACAGUAGCCCAGCCAGCCACGCACUGGGAAUUGCCACUGCACAUGCAGAGUUAAAGCAGCAUCUCCUAAUUUGCCUUCCUGAGUUGUGACAAAUUAGGUCAACAACAGCAUUGCUGUUUCUUUAAGUACAAAGAUACACAUUUUAUCAUGUUUAAUUUGCUGAGGAAGUUUUAAAGAAGAAUUUGCAGUUGUUUAGAUUAUGGUCUGGUCUCUACUUAAAUUUAGUUCUCUGCGAAAACUGUCCUGGUUUGCAGUGCUAAAGUUGUGUCAAGCUGAGG